GGGGCUGUGGCUGGAGGGACCGUGGCCACAACCCCCAGAGCACAUGGAGGGCAGCUUGGGGGCCACCGCCGGAACUAAGAGCAUGCCAAGUCCUCUCCCCUUGCUCUAGAACAGGGGGCACCUUGCACUGACCCUCACCCCUCCACCCCCCGCGGCAGGGAGGGGUCCAGGAGACAGCAUAGCCUCAGCAAAGCCAGAACUCGCUCUGCCCCUCGCCGUGCCCGUCCAGUGACCCUCAGCUCCUCUCACGCCUGUGGCAGUCUUUCCUGCAGCAGAGCCUGGCCAUUCCUCCUUCAGAAUAUCUCCAGAAGCCACCCUUACUCUCUCCUCCCUGGUCCCGUUCACCGGGACUGACGAGCCUCUUCACUGCCUCCCGGCUCCUUGGGCCCCCAUACGAAGCCAGAGCGACCCUGUGGACGCCCGGGUCAGGUCAUGUCCCUCCCCUGCUCGGAGCCCUCACGUUGCUCCAUCUCACUCGGGAAAGGACAGAGUGGUCCCCAGGAUCCACAGAGCCCCACGUGAUCCGCCCCCCGCCUUCCUCCUCAACCCGCCUCUUGUGUCUCUUGCUCUGGGGCUGGCCGUUCGAACCCUGCAGACUCAUUCUCGACUCAGACCUUUGCCCUCGCUGGUCCCUUCCCUGGCUACGCUUUCCCUUCAUCCUGCAUGAUUGCCUCCAUUUUAUCACUCGGGCCUUGGUGCAAAUACCCUCUUCCGAGAGGACUUCCCUGACCGGCCAGAGUAAAAGCCCCCAGUGCUCAUGUGAUGCGGGAGUCUGGGGUCAUUUCCCCUUUUUCCUGACGCAUAAUUGAGUAUUGCGUCAGCCCCUUCUCAAAUGUGUGCUCCAAGAGCACAGGGAAGUGUGUCCGCUGCUGGAGCCCCGGGCUUUGUAAGAGGGCUGGGCAUAGAGUAGGUGGUCAAUAAAAAUUCCCAGCCGCAAGGGGCUGGGACCUGCGUAGUUCCCAGUGCCCAGUGCUGUCUAAAUGACCUGCACUCAGCUGCCACCACGCCUUACCUGUGGAGUCGCAGCCGCCGGCCCCAUUUCACAAAGGAUGAAACCAACCCUAGAGAGUCCCGGCAGUUUUCCCCGGGCCGCACGGCUGUUGGUAGUGGAACUGGGAUGACCUCCUAAACAAGAGGUUUAGGGGACCCAAAUUUUGAGAUGAGGAAAUGGCCAAAGAGAAGGAGUUGCUGUUGCCUGAGGUCUAUGCAAUUCACUGCUGUUGGAUUCGAACCCCGGUCAGCUUCCCAGUGCAGCCUUAAAGCUCAUCAGACUGUGUGUGUUUGGGGGACGCACCCUCCCUCUAUGCAGGCACUCAGGGGCCAUUAGUUGGAGGGGAGCGGGUGCAAGACGUGGGUCCCCAUGAAUAAUUGAGGGUCUCCGGCAGGUGGCCGCCCCGCAGCUGUCACCCCGCCGUGGGCGGGGAAGGGGCGGUAGUGAUGUCACGUUCUCCCCUGUGGGGCCACGGGCGCGGGUUAUAAGCAGCUGCCGCGCCGCGCCGAGCACCCUGGUCGGGACGCUCCACCAUGCAGCACCGCGGGCCCCCCUCCGUGUUGCUGUUGCUGCCGCUGGCCCUGCUGCUGGUGCUGCUGCUGGGGGCGGCCACCGCUGCUCCCUUGGCACCAAGACCCUCCAAGGAAGAGCUGACCCGCUGUCUGGCCGAGGUGGUCACAGAAGUGCUGACACUGGGCCAGGCCCAGAGAAGCCCCUGCACAGCUCUCCUCCACACAGAGAUGUGUGAGACAGAGCCCUGUGGCUGUGCGUCCACCAAAGAGAAGGGCCUACUGGUUGGGGAGUUCCGGAAGCAAGAGGCUGGGAAGACGGGGCCCAGCCAGGAAGUGAGGGAAGAGGAAGAGGAAGCAGCGGAGAGGGCCCCCAAGUCUGAGGUGCGGCCACAGACCAUCCAGGAGCAGCUGCACAGCCGCCUCCGCCAGGAGGAGGAGGCGGAGGAGAAGGGCAUGCGGCUGCUCGGCGGGGGCCGCAGCCUGCGGCACGGGGCCCAGGGGGGCGGAGAGGGGGAGCACGAGCACUCACCGCACCACCACCGCCACCAGCAGCCAGAAGCCGAGCCCAAGCAGGAGGAGAAGGAAGAGGCUCCAGAGAGGGAGGAGCACGACAUGGAGCGGCUGGAGCACGUGAGAGAGGAGCUAAAGAAGGCAACGGAGAUGCUGGGGGAGGAGGUCAGGAGAGAGGGAUGACCCCCGGCCUCACGUCCUCCUUCCCGACACACCCUAUGGCUGAGGACUAUGGACCCCCCCAAACAGCCCACUCCAUUCCCCAACCUGCAGGAACGGGAAGAAGGGUGGGCCGUGCGACCGGGCCCGGGGCUGAGUCUGAGUUGGGUAGAGGGGCUGGGCUCACACUGACUCAGGGCACACCCGGCCUCCCGCGUCACCCACUCCAACCCUUCGGUGUGAAUAAAGCACAGAGAAAACCACGGAGGCUUGUGUGGCACU